AUGGCCGAGUUUGUUGGGAACAAUCAUCAGACGGUGAGAGGAACAAGCCAAAGCGUUGUCGAACCGUGCAGCUUGAGCGACCGAGUCUACGCGACAUUGAGAAACUCGUACGAGAUGGUCUCAGCCCCAAUGGCCGAUCUGCCGACGCGUGACUUCCUCUCCGACAGCCUCGGUCCAGUGUUGGCCGCGGUUGCCCCACAAGACGUUAAAGCUCCGCCUCCGCACUCUACAAGUUCCAGCGCAGCAUCUCCUGGCUUCCCAAAGCAUCUCAUAGACUUCCCAGAUUAUCUAUUCUAA